UCGCGACGUCCUGACGUAGGUUUUCCCGCCAUUGCAGGAACCCGGAGUGGCAGCGGCACCGGGACCCGGGAUAAAGUUCGCCCGUACACAGGGCGUGUGUCUGCGGCUUCGCCCCCUUCCCUGUCGGAGAGGCCCGCGCCAUGCCGAGCCUGGGGGACUGGGUGAACAACCCGCUGAGCAUUGUGCAGGGGGUAUUCGCUCAAAAUGGUCCCAAUGGUGAAUGGGAAAGGAAAGUCGUGGAAUAUUUCACAGAGAAGCUGAAGGAGAACACAGCGACAAGUUGGGUUCCAUCCUUGAAUGAUGUUCCACUGCAUUACUUGAAGCCAAAUAGUCUGGUCAAAUUCCGUUGCAUGCUCCAAGAUAUGUUUGAUCCCGAAUUCUAUAUGGGUGUUUAUGAGACUGUGGAUCCAGCCACUAAAUCUGGAGUCCUUCGUUUUGGAAAAUACAAAGAUGUUGCUGAAUGUGGGACUCAGCAAGAGAUUCAUUUAAACUCAGCCAAGUCUGUCACCAUGGAGAGGCAAACCUUUUACUGCAUUCCAGUGCCCGGGGAGUCAUCUUGGGUCAAAGAAGCAUACGCAAGUGCCUGCCCAGCUCGUGGCAAUCCAUCCACAUCGUACACUCCAAGUCGACACAAGAGGAGUUACGAGGAGGAUGAAGACAUGGAAAUGCAUCCACCAAAGCAGAAAGAGCAGCAUAGAGGCUCGUCUGGGUGCAGUGGAUCACACGGAUGUGGAGACUCGAAACGCCUUGAAACCGAAGCGCCUGAUGCACAUCAGCUUUCGCCCAAUUGCACAGCCUCGAUCGAUCUGAACUUCCCCUUACCAGGAGAGAAAGGUCCUGCCUGUCUAGUCAAGGUGUAUGAGAACUGGGAUAGAUUCAAAGUGAAUGAUAUCCUGGAGGUUUAUGGGAUCUUAUCAGUGGAUCCGGCACUUGGUAUAAUAAAUGAUGAGAGUACAAAGGAUGGCUCUUCAAUCCUAGAUCCUGCUGAGUGCAUGGAUACGUUGGAAGAACAGCGAGUGCACAGUCCUCCACCUUCGCUGGUACCUCGUCUACAUGCCAUUGUAACUCACAAGCUGCAGCACAUUAAUCCAUUCCUUCCAAUCAGGCUACAGGACAAACAGAGCAAGGACUAUAUAAGCAGUUUUUUGCCUGAAUUGUCGUCGGUGCGAGCAGAAUUACUUGGGUUCCUAACGAAUGCGUUACUUGGGGACAGCCUUGCUGCUGAAUAUCUCACACUGCACUUCCUAUCUACCAUAUACUCGAGACGAGAUGUUCUUCCUUUGGGUAAAUUUACAUUGAAUUUAAGUGGCUGCCCCAAGAACAGCAAUUACACCAAACACCUUCAUCGGUUCAUUCAGCAACUGGUACCAUCGUCUUAUUGUCUCCCCAUGACCCUCGAGAACAUGAACACCAUGCGGUUCAUCCCUCAGAAAGAUUACACUGCUAAUCGCCUCCUUGCCGGAGUCCUCCAGUUGCCGCAUAGCACCUCACUGAUGCUGGAUGAGACUGCGAUGGAACCAGGGCAACUGGACACUACAGGCUUCCAAAACAUGGCAGCACUUGGUAAUCUGAUUAUUUGGCAGAAGGUUGACUAUGACUUCAGCUACCACCAGAUGGAAUUCCCUUGCAAUAUUAAUGUUCUCAUCACCUCUGAAGAUGUAUCAUUAUUACAGUCUGACUGCGAAGUUCACCUACGGCCCCAGGUGGUUCCUGACAACAUAGAAGAAUACAUGACCAAUUUACAGACUGCUGUUUUGCCUUCCAUAUUAAACAAAUUUCGCAUAUAUCUGAGCUUACUGAGGCUAAUGGACUAUAGCAUUUCUGAGGAAGUAACCAAGGCUGUUGAAGAAGACUUUGUGGAAAUGAGAAAGAACGAUCCUCAGAGUAUAACAGCUGUGGAUCUCCAUUGGCUGCUUGUUGUAGCAAGAUUAGUCUCCCUGAGCGCUGGCCAAACCACAUUGUCACGAGAUAGCUGGCAGCAAGCAAAGCAGCUUGAGGGUCAACGCAAAGCCAGGUUAGGGCGGCUCACCCCUCUCAAUGGCAACGAACCUUGACAGUGGACUCCUAACUCCGACAGAACUUCAUAAGGGACUUGUGUGUUAGUGGACAUUGUGUAAAUUUGAAGAGUCACCAUUCCUUCUCCCGUCUGCCAAAUUAUCAAAGCUCUCAUCAAACUGGAGAAGAGGAAAACAUUUUUUUCUAUUUGUGGAUCGAUCGUGUCAACUUUUCUUACAUAAAAAAAAUCUUAAAUCUCACAUACGCCUACUUUGUUUACAAUGUCCCUGGUGCUGAAACCUCUUGUGAUUUUUUUUAAACCUUGGUGUGCAGUUAGGUUUGUGAAAAUAUCUUCAACAUUCCUCUCCAGAAGCGUUCUAUGAACUGUAGCCUUAUAUGAAAGAUAUUUUUGUAAACUGCAUUUGCAUAGUGUACCUUUGUGUCAAAUUUGUUGUUUCUGUGUGUGUUGGGGGAAAAAAACAUCCAAUUUCGGAUUAGCAAUUUGGUUUGAGAGGAAUUUAUUCAAUGGUGUGUCCGAUAUCAGAUUUCAGGCUGGGAUCUGGAAGUCGAUCAGCUUCUUUACAGCUUUAAAUGUUCCCAGAUUUUUAAACUAGGAUCAAUUAACAGUGAAGCAGACACUCUGUUCACCUACAUUUGUCACUGCCAGAGAGCUGACACAUAAUCAAUAUUGCCUUUCCUUUGUAUGUACUUGUGAAAAUUAAUUUUAAUUCAGUAAUUGGUGCAUCGUAUCUCAUUGCAGGUGGCAGUGUAAGAUUCUAGUACCACUUCCUAUGGUAUAUUUCCACAACUAAUAAUAAAAUGGACUUGCACCCAUUUUGGGGGCAGAUUUUACACUUUUAAAUUACGGGCAUGAUGAACUCAGGGUUUCUGAUUCCAGGUUUAAUAUAAUGCAAGGGAACAAAGCUGAUCGCAUUCUUCACAGACCCUGAAAUUCAUUUGGGAUUUUGAAAUUAUGAUAAUUGAUGUCUGCGUGGCAUAUUAAAGUGGACACAUGCUCACGGUUAGCAGAAACCUCCACAGGGGUAACUUAUAAUAAUUGUCACGGGAUUUGAGCUCUUUCCAUCAGUUGUGCCCAAUACUUUAAAAUUAAUUACAUGUCGUGUGAUGUGGAAAGCGACUGUAACCGACCAGAAGAAUGUCAAAACCAAAAUAUUGGGAUUGUAAUAUUUAAAUUCUCCAUAUUGGGAUUCCUGGCAUAGAAAGUUGUAGCUUUUGUGUGUGUGUGUGUAUGAGUAAAACCAAUGGGGACAGACCAUUUUAAAACUUUGCCAGUGGCUGCCUUAAUCUUGGUUUUUAAUGUGCAGGAUAUCAAUUUUGUGGGUAGUGAACUUUUUGAAUAUGAGGUGCUUCCAGCCUUGAUAUUUCAUUCCCAUCCCCAUUCCACCCUCCCCCCGUGAUGAAUGCUAUGUUGGUGAAUAAGUUGCACAGGUGAGCAAACAUAUAUUCGGUGAAUUCAUGACUUGAGUUCUUUGUAAAUUAAUUGCUGUGGCAAAUCAACCAUGAGUUUUUCUGUGCUGCGUGAAUUUUAAUGGGCAGCUGCUAACUUCUGGAAUUCAAUACAUUUUAAAUCCUUCUCCAUUACAGUACAUUUUGAAAUGGUUCAAAUGUGGAGGAUGUUAAUAUUGGGUAAAUGUUCUCUUAACUCACUGCCAGAUUGAAAACUACUUUACUCCUGACCCACCAAUGUUCAUCAAUCCCAAUUUCAGGAUAGAACCCCUAUUUCAAUGUAUUUUUUCUUUAUUCUUCUGCCCUUUUGAUUUAAAUUACCAAGUGGUACCACUGUAGCCAGAUGUUUGCUUUGGGUCUACAUCUGGUAGAAAUUCAGUUCAUAUAGCAGGAAUCCAUUUCAUAUACCACUGUAAUUCUACACAGUGCAAUGGAUUUGCUUGGUAUUUAUGGCACUGAUUUGAAGAUUAGUUGCAGCCAACAUUUAUCUGUCUACUCGGCUGUCUCCAAUUUCAUGACCAAUUGAGAUUACAAGGAAAGUGUAGCUGUAUACAAGCCAUACAAAUAUUCAAUAGCUGAAUUUUAUUGCAUGGCUGUGCACAAACUGCUAUUCACCAACAAAUUAGUGAACACUACAGUAUAUCCUGUGAAGCACUUUGAGACAUUUGGUGUGAACGGUGCUAUCAAACGCAAAGAUUAUCAAAAACUAUCACAAGUAUCUUUAGUUGGGGGUAGUGCUGUUGACAUCAGUACGAUCGCACACAUUCCUGGCUUUUUCCAUGAACUGCCUGAACAGUAAUGAAUUUCAAAACCCAAAUUAAACAGAAAACCACAGAAGUACACUGCACCUUUUGAAGUCUUGUACCCUUUGAGAUUGACAUUGUGUAAGUUACAGAUCCAAGAGCCCAUUAAACCCAGUUAUGCAUUAGAAUUCAGUCCUACUAUUUAAAGAGGAAAAUAUGCUUCUCGGUUCUAUUUCCCUGGAUUAUAAUUGACUUGUGAAAGAUGCACAAAAGCCUCUCAGGAUCACUGAUGUUCUGUUAAAACAGAUGUGAUUUUUAGAAGGAUAUUGAGACUGACUGUUGCCAGAGGCAUUAAAUAUCUUGCGACCUAAUGUUUCUGAGCAAUGGAGCGUGCCUACACUUUCUUGUCAUGACAUUAACUUAACCACUAAUGGUACUUCAUUCUAAAUGGAGAAAUACUUUAAUUUACUUUUGAUACGUUUUACAAUACCUCCUUAGAAAUCUACCAUUUCUAUACAAUUGUAAUCUGUGAAAGUCAAUGCCAUAAACCGUUUAAAAAUUCAGCAAAAAUUGCUGAGCAAGGUUUCUUUCAAAGAUUUUAGUUGGACAUGGUAUUUACAUGAAUAAAAUAAUGGGUUAUUUAAAUAGAAGGCCUGUAUUUAUAAAGCAGAUCAAUUCUUCAUUGGUAAUUUAAACUUAAAUGUGCAAUAUUCUUUCACAAUUGUUUUACACUUGUAAGUUUUUUUUAAAAAAGGGACUCCAGUACAAUUAAAUUGAGGCAAUUUCAUGAUUGAUUGCUAUGGUGGGAAGGAGAGAGCAAUUUCAAGUCUUGCACUUUUAAUAAACUUGUGCUGAUA